AAGACAUUAAUUAUUUCAUUUAUAAGGAAAACAAAUCAAUGGCUUUAAAGAUGUCAUAUCAUAUAUUGUGAUUAAAUAGAGGAAAAUAUGAUUAUUUUAAAAUGAGCUAGAUUUUUAUCUGAAAAAGUACUUUAUUGAAUUGAUGAGGCAAGUCAAAAAAUAUGGGUUAGGGAAAAAUUUAUUUUGGGAGAAUUUUUUGUGUUUUAUUUUUAGAUACAAAUAAAAUUCCACAAUGUAUCUGCAAACAAAUCUUCUGUGGAAUUCAAGAAGAGCUGGAAAUAACUAGAAGACAUUUACACAUGAGAAAUCGUACAUUGGUGACAACCUUCGUUCUUCUGGGAUUGACAGAUGACCCACAGUGGCAAAUUGUAAUCUUCCUUUUCCUAUUUAUAGCAUAUGUGCUGAGCAUAACUGGAAAUCUUACCAUUAUCCUUCUCACACUGCUGGAUUCCCACCUCAAAACACCCAUGUAUUUCUUCCUUCAGAAGUUUUCAUUUUUAGAAAUCUCGCUGACAUCUACCUGCAUUCCUAGGUUUCUGGUGAGCAUAGUGACCAUGAAUAAAACUAUUUCAGUUGAGGCUUGCUUCACACAGUUAUUUGCUGCCUUUAUCUUUGGAAUAGCGCAGUUUUUCUUGCUGGCUGUCAUGUCCUAUGACCGCUAUGUGGCCAUUUGUAAGCCUCUUCAUUAUACAACCAUCAUGAACAAUAGAGUCUGUAUGUUGCUGUUUGGUAGUUGCUGUUUAAUAGCUUUGUUUCUGGUCUGCCCUGGAGUCAUUGUGAGUCUGAGUUUGGAAUUUUGUGAUAGUAUUAUUGAACACUUUUUUUGUGACUACUCCCCCAUCUUGAAGCUUUCCUGCAAUGAUACAAGGUCCAUGCAACUGCUCAAUUACAUUUUUGCCAUCAUUACUCUCCUAACUACCUUAGCCCUAGUAAUGGUCUCUUAUGGGAGAAUCUUAAGUACAAUUCUGAAAUUCCCUUCUGCCCAGCAGAAGAAGAAGGCCUUCUCCACCUGUUCCUCACACAUGAUUGUUGUCUUCAUCUCUUAUGGCAGCUGUAUUUUUAUGUACAUCAAACCAUCUGCAGAGGAGAGAAUAUCUUUAAACAAGGGGGUUGCCAUACUCACUCUUGCACUUGCACCUGUACUAAACCCUUUUAUAUAUUCCCUAAGAAAUAAGCAAGUCAAAGAAGCCCUAAAGGAUGUCAUUAAAAAAUGUACCAAAGAUACUUCAAAGUAGUAAGUUUGGCUUGGCUGGUGUACUAGUAAGAUCAUUGAAAAAUAUAGGCCAUAGCAGUUAUUUUUUAAUAUAUCUAUAUUUAAUACUUGCACUGUGGUAGUUGCUAAAAGUGCUUAUACUUGACUCUGAAUCUUCUUCAAUAUAUCUAGUGGUAGUAUCUGUAAUCAUGUUUUUUCCUGUGUGUUGAUGGAUCACUACCUUUUUAAAUUUCAUGCUAUGAAAUGUAUGCAUAUAAAAAUAUUGUGCUAUGAAAUGUAUACUUAUCAAAAUAUUGCACUAGGAAUUCCCCAUGGAACCAUAUAUAUAUAUAUGAAAUAUAUGACAUUUUAGGAAAUAUAUGUUUAAAAUAUUAUUUGUGAACUGUUUUACUAAUAAUCGAUUUUAGUCUACAAACCUCUAGAAACAUUUUCUUCUGCAAUAUUUUACUCAAAUAUAUUAAUUUCUGGAAACAAACUCUUCUUCCAUCCUCCUUACUUUUAUUCUUUCUUAUUCUUUAUCUGUUUUUCUUUAGUAUUGACUGAUAACAGUUUUCCAUAUAUAUUUGCUCUUUCACCCUAAUAGGUCAUCUACAACAUUUUCAAAUUUUCUUUUUAUUAUUCUUAUCUCAAGAAAAUAUUUAAAAGUCUAUUUUUGCGGGCUGGGGAUUUAGCUCAGUGGUAGAGCGCUUACCUAGGAAGCGCAAGGCCCUGGGUUCGGUCCCCAGCUCCGAAAAAAAGAACCAAAAAAAAAAAAGAGGCAACUGCAUUUAAAAAAAAGGGGGGGGUUGGGGAUUUGGCUCAGUGGUAGAGCGCUUACCUAAGAAGCGCAAGGUCCUGGGUUCGGUCCCCUGCCCCGGAAAAAGGAAAAAAAAAAGUCUAUUUUUGCAAAGCAGAAUAUUAUGUAUAAUCACCAUUAGUACUUAUCCUUGUGACGUUUUACACACUUCUCAUUUUGAAGAAUUUGACUUUCUGAAAUAAAGAAACCAAUAAAACCUAAAAGCAUUCAGCAUGCCA